GUGCGGUGCAUUUGUGUACUCACUAACCUGUAGAAAUCCCAACUCGAAAGAUAUAUAUUUAGCAGUAUACUAGAAGACUAUCAUUCCUGUAGAAAUCCCAACUCGAAAGAUAUAUAUUUAGCAGCAUACUAGAAGACUAUCAUUCUAUACAAAGCCUUCUCUGGAUUCUUUAGGUCAUGCCAGUGUUUUUCUGUUAGCUGCAAGACUAAGCUUUUUUAAUGGGUCGCCGACCGAAAUAUGCAAACUUAGAAGAAGCCUAUAGAGGGAAGAAUGCAAGAAGACGGGAACGACGUGCCAAUGCGAGUACCAUGGAUAAUUCUGGUACUGCUGCUACAACACAAUUUCGUGUGUCCAUCAAAGAGUCUUUCAAUAGCCGUUCAACUAUGGAAUUGAGAUAUAAAGGUAAGGUUAGCAUGAACACUGAAGGAAUAAACAAUCAAGACGAGCAGUAUGUUAUAGCAACCUAUUCACAUUCAAAAGGUAGUUUUAUCAGUCAUGUAAGUGAUUACAGAACAAAAGAAGAUUGUGCAGAAACAUCCGUCAGAGGAAUGCAUGAAUGUGUAAAAGGAAUGAAUGUAGAAUCAACAGUUUUAGCAUCAACUUCUAAGAGCAGUGUUGCUAAUUAUUCAAGAGAUACAUGCUCGAUACCUAUCAUUACUGAUAGUAAUGUUCUAUCUAUGCCACCAGACAAAACAUAUCAGUUAGCUCAACAGGAUGCUACAAGACAGAGGCGACGUAAGAGAUUAGCAAUGGAUCCAUUGAGAAUUAUUGCCACUGAACCUGAUAUAUUACCUGAUAUUCCAGAUUGCCAGCAUGUAAAGCAAAGAAAUUUCAUCUAGAACCACCUAGAUUUUGUUGUUCUUCUGGUGAGAUCCAGUUACUCCCAACUGAAAUGCCAAGAGAACUGAUGAUGUUGUACCUUGAGGAUUCUAAAGAGGCUGUUGAAUUUCGCAACUGCGUUAGAAGUUACAAUAAUAUGUUUGCAUUCACAUCU